AUGCUUCACGAGAGUUCCAAGAGUUUGCAAAGACAUGGGAAUUCAAACACGUCACAUCAAGUCCAAGAUAUCCUAGAAGCAAUGGUUUAGCUGAAAAAAAACGGUACAGUCGGUAAAGAAGUUGUUAUCAAAGGCUUUAAGCAGUCGUCAAUAUCCAUACCUGGCCAUUCUGGGAAACCGAAAUACUCCAGUGGACGUAUUCGCAACUCCAGCUCAACUACUAAUGAGUCGAAAUUUGAGAUCUACGAUUCCCGCAUUACCUACCCAUUUCAAGCCCGAAAUUCUUAAUGCACAAGAUUUUCAAGAUAAUCGUGAAAAAGUACAGCAACGGCAGAAAGUAUACCAUGAUAAGAACGCCAACAGUCUUCCUUCACUCGAGGGGGCUUCUCAGUGCGACUCGAACCCAGUCCCCAUGUGAAAAGAGUAAAAGUCAACGCUCUGCCGAAAGCCGUGGGUUUUCCCCGGGUACUCCGGUUUCCUCCCACAGGGAAAGUUGACAGGGUGGGUUAGGUAAAAAGGGCCCACAGUAAUUGGCACAUGCUGUUGUGGUGACCCUGCCCUAGUUGGCAAAGCUAAAUAAAUAAAUAAAUAAAAUAAAAAGGUGAACAAGUUCGAAUGAGAGACGGGAAGAGUUGGAAACCUGUAACGGUAACGAAGACUGCCAGCGAACCACGUAGUUAUAUCAUGCAAAAUCCUGAAGGACGAAAAUAUCGAAGAAAUCGAAGUCAAGUUGAACAAUCAAAGUAGUUGGCAACUUAAAGAUAGAGAAGAAGAAAAUGAGGUAACAGUAGGCUUACGUAAUGAAACGGACAGUUUAAGUUCAAGUCACAAAAAGGUUGGACAAUCGGAAGAACUGAGUAAAUCUUAUAUAACUAGAAGUGGUCGUGUAUCGAAACCACCGCAAAGACUAUCUAUAGUUAGUAACGUACUGUUUUCAAGUAGAGUAAUUUGA